AUGACAGAAUUGCUACUUGAUCCUAAUAUACGUGUUUGGGUUUUUCUACCUAUCGUGAUUAUCACUUUCCUUGUUGGUAUUGUAAGACAUUAUGUUUCAAUUAUUUUAUCGUCACAAAAGAAAAUUGAACUUUUGCAAGUUCAAGACAGCCAAGUAAUGAUCCGAGCCCGCUUGCUUCGUGAGAAUGGCAAGUAUCUACCCCGGCAGUCUUUCGCGAUGCGUCGACAUUGGUUCAAUAACGAAGAUACUGGUUAUUUUAAAGUUCAGAAGCGAGCAGCAACUUCACAGAAUCCAAUGACUGAUCCAGGAAUGAUGACAGACAUGCUGAAAGGGAAUGUUACUAAUGUGCUUCCAAUGAUUGUCAUUGGAGGUUGGAUCAAUUGGAUGUUUAGUGGAUUUCUUACAACAAAAGUACCAUUUCCUUUGACCCUGAGAUUUAAGCCAAUGCUCCAGCGUGGCGUAGAGUUAGCAUACCUCGAUGCAUCCUGGGUGUCAUCUGCGUCCUGGUACUUCCUCAAUGUUUUUGGUCUACGCACUAUAUAUGCACUUGUGUUGGGAGAAAAUAAUGCGGCUGAUCAGUCGAAGAUAAUGCAGGAACAAAUGUCUGGUGCUGCCAUGGCCAUGCCUCCGGACCCAAAGGCCGCCUUUAAAGCGGAGUGGGAAGCACUAGAAAUCACAGAGCAUCGCUGGUCUCUGGCUACAGUCGAAUCUGAACUGCUUGCAAGCACAGAUUAG